AUGCAUUUUAUACGGGCAAAUAGACGCCGUGGUGUGACGAGGAACACCGUAGCCUUCAUCACACCGCGGUUUCGCAGAUACUUGGUCGUCUUUCUUCUCUUUCUAUGCUUAUCCUACACGGCCUGGAAGAACGUUGGACACGCCACCGUGAAAAAAGACCAAGACCUUGAGAAAACAUUUGAUGCAAGUGAUAGAAACCGGGUCGGCGGAUGGUUUGGCUCAAAUGCACUGCCUGGGUUCGGAGAUAUGGCCCAUAUGCAGACCUUGGACUCUUCACUGCUGCCGGGCAAGAGGAGAUCGUGGCUUUGGCGCUCUAGGAAAAGGCUUGUGGUCGUUGGUGAUGUACACGGCUGCAAAGACGAGUUGGAGAAAUUGCUUGCCCAGGUAUCAUUUAAUCGUGAGAAAGGUGAUCAUUUAAUCUUUACGGGAGAUCUGAUAUCCAAGGGCCCAAAGAGCGUUGAAGUAGUGCAACUUGCACGAGAAUACAAUGCAUCAUGUGUUCGAGGGAACCAUGAAGACAGAGUCCUACUGACUCGUCGAAAGAUAACAUCACGGUGCAGUCAAGGGUUUAGAGCUGACGAAAGCACGAUCGGGAAACGGGAGACUGAGGCGCAUGCGCUCGCCCGCCAGCUCUCUGAUGAUGAUGCCAACUGGCUGGAGUCAUGCCCUGUGAUCUUAAGGGUAGGGAAUAUCAACGGUAUGGGGGAUGUGGUGGUUGUGCAUGCAGGCUUAGUUCCCGGCGUCCCUCUCGAGCGUCAGGAUCCAUCUCUGGUGAUGAAUAUGAGAACCAUUGAUCCGGACACUUAUACCCCCAGCUCGUCUAAGGAGGGUACAGGCUGGUCUAACGUGUUUGAUGCAUAUCAGUUACGUCUGGAGAGAGAGAAGAGCUUACCACCAACUACGGUGAUAUAUGGUCAUGACGCAAAGCAGCUUCCAGCCAUACGGAAAUAUACCAAGGGACUGGAUACUUCUUGCGUCCGCGGUGGGGAGCUUACGGCAUUGAUCAUCGAGGAUGGUGGGAAGCAACGCCUGCAUCAGGUUAUCUCUCAUCACAACGUUAUCUUCAUUAAACCAGUUAAGAGAAAGAAAAGGAACCAUUAG